AGAUCUGCAAAGCCAACCCAAGUUCGCGGGAGGAUCUCAAGCUGGUUGGCGGCGAGAUUUACGCUCUGCCUGAGAGCUCUACUUGCAUCCCCUGUUGCAUUCACCAUGAGCCAAAGCUUUGCUACCCUCUUUCGGUCGUCGGGAUUUGCGGCGCUCGACUCUACCGGUCAGCAGGCACUGAAAACACCGUUUAGUCAAAGAGGCGCUGGAAACUGGGGCCUCAAACAUGACCUACCAAAGAAUACCCAAAUUCACUACGUGCAAGUCUCACAGCAUGAUCAUCCUUGGACGAAAGCUCCCAAGUACAAGUCCGCCUCUGAUCGGGUCAGACUCUUGGAACGAUGGAACGAACUCAUGCCGGCCGUUGGGGAGAUUCCACCUGCGAGAGCAGAGGCAAUGAAUUCAUUUGCAAGAGAUCCCGAAGCACGUCUGGAGACGGUAAAUGGAAAGGCUGCGGACUGGACGCCGAGGCCCCAGCACGUGGCGAAAAUGACACCAGCGGAAUGGGCGGAAAAGGUGGCAGAAGCACGACGCCGACGAAAAGAGUUCAACUCCCAGUCGUUUGAUCGCGGGACUUGGACAGAGUUCCUCAAUGUUACCGGACCGAUCGAGGGAACCUACGCCUCAGACACUCCCGUAGGUGUGCCGGUACAUCCACCGACAUAUCGUAUCGCCAAGGAAGAGAGCGAGAAACCUGUGAAGGGCCGACUCUUGAAUACAGUUUCCUUCGCGGCGAGAGGGAACCAGCAUUGGGCUAUUGGUGUGGGUGGAAUAGUAGCUUACCUGCACAGGGGCCAGCAACCAGGGGAAAAGAACAACGAGUUCAGCGGACAUAAGGCAGACAGGAAUCCACUAAUGAAUUUCGUAGUAGAACAUGCACAGUUUGACGAGUUUGGACGGCCUGAGGUAGUCUUGGGAUUCCCUCCUGAAAAUUCGCUGAAGCAGCAAAAGGUCAAGCGAGAUUCCAUGAGCCUUUUCUCUCAAGCUUCCUCGAAUGCAACUCCCAGCGAGCCCCCAACAAGUAGCAGCAUUCUCAAUAUUCUGAAGGCAAUGCAAACUGGAAAGACAACCCCCUCCCGUAAGGGAGGCUUUUCCUUCAAGCCGUCGGAGAGAGAUGAGCCAGAUAAUAAAGAAUGAGAGCACCUUAUAGAAUGCGGUCUGACAACUGGCGGGGAUAGACAUCUGUAAUAUCAUUUGUGUACAUUGUUAUCAUGAAAUACUCCUUUGCAUCUUAUUUCCAUCCUCUUGUGCUGCGCCAACAUGGCAGUGAUGUACGUUCCGUUCCAGCUAAACUCGUGUCCGCUAGUAAUAAGGUCAAUAAUGAAAUCAAUUUGGAAAUGC